UAAAAAUCCUACCAUUCUCUCUCUAAUUCCAUUCCACCCUCAGCAGACAAAAUAUUUCAACUUUCUUCUUUCUUCUCUCUGACAGCUCUCAAUGGCUAAAGCAGCUCUCUCUGUUCUGCUCCUGCUCCUGCUCUUGUCCUUCACUUCAGAAACUUUGCUCAUGGUAAAUGGACAGAAAACUUGGUGUGUGGCCAGACCUUCGUCCGACCAAGCAACGCUCUUAUCGAAUCUGAAUUACGCGUGCGCGCACGUAGAUUGCCAGAUUCUUCGAAAGGGAUGCCCGUGCUCGUCGCCGGAUAAUCUCAUGAACCGUGCCUCCAUAGCCAUGAACAUGUAUUACCAAUCCAAGGGAAAGAACCAGUGGAAUUGUGACUUUAGAGGCUCUGCUCUCAUUGUCGUGACUGAUCCAAGUUAUGGUGACUGCAUCUAUGCAUAGUCCUCAGUAAAAGAAAGUGCAUGGGAUCGUUAGAAUUUUAGCUUUUAAUGUGCUACCGGGGAUGUCAAAUUUUCACAUUACCUCAAAUGGAUAGAUUUUUAAUAAGACUUUAGAUUUGUAGUUAAGUAAUUGUUGCGAUUCAAGAACAAAUAUAUGGAUUAAACUCAAUUUAUAUGACAAAUUAGUACAUGAAUGAGGAUGUGAAAAUAAA